UGUUACCGCCGGAGCCGGUCUCGCCCCUGCCUGCCGCACAAACGAGCCGCUGCUCGCUCACCUUUAUUGGGUCCGAAGUUGCGCGACAAGCGUGGGGCCCUUCGCCCUCGCCUCGCUCUAAAUAGAGGCUUUAUUUUGUAAACAGCAGGAGCGCUACCGUGCAGGCGGGGCGGGUCCGGCAACCGUUCAGUCAGUGGUGCGCGCGCGCCUUCCAGUAUGGGGUGUGCUUUGGAUCUAUUUCCGCGCUCGUGUUCGCUUGUUUUCCGCUCUCCGAAGCGAUGAGAACUCGACGCCGCGGCGCUAAAUGCCGCUACACCUGGAACUGGAUUACAUGGACGAUUUGUGCUAUUCUAAGUUCGGUCAGCGGGAGUGCGUCGCCCCCCGACAGUUUGAAACUAGUCUGGCUCUCUAAUACUACACUAACUUGCAACGACGGCUCUCCAACAGGAUAUUAUUUUCGCCGUGGCUCUAACACUGAACACUGGGUGGUAUAUCUUGAAGGCGGUGGAUACUGUUGGGAUACAGCGUCAUGCAGAGCACGGUGGCGGCGACGACCAGCGCUCAUGUCUUCCACUCGUUGGCCAAGAGUUCGUCGAGCACCUGCGCUGCUGUCUGCAGAACGAACUGCUAACCCGCUGUGGCACGCCUCAAACCACGUCCUUCUUCCGUACUGUUCGAGUGAUAUGUGGUCGGGUACACGAACCGCAACGCAUGCAGUUGGAGGAUUUUCUUUUACCGGGAGAUUAAUUGUGGAGGGAGUGCUUGAGGAUCUCUUGCGGGCAGGACUGUCUGGUCGACUUAUGUUCGUUGGGUCUAGUGCGGGCGGGACUGGUGUGAUGCUACACGUGGAUGCAGCUAGACGUGCCUUACGAUCGAAAAGAAUAAAAGUCGCCGCUGUCUCAGAUUCCGGCUGGUUCCUAGAUCGACCGGCGCGCGAUCGACGGGUUCCUGCAGCCGCUAUAGCGCGUCUCGGUCAUUCUUUGUGGCGUGGUACUCCACCAAAUUCAUGUGUGCGAAAACAUGUUAAAGAACCAUGGCUGUGUUAUUUUGGAUAUCGACUGUACCCACAUAUCCGGACUCCGUUGUUCGUGUUCCAAUAUCUGUUUGAUUCGGCACAAUUGGCCGCCGAAGGUGUUCGCGCACCUCGAACUAGAACGCAGUGGGAAAUGGUUCAUAAAACUGGUGUCGCUCUACGAACGAGUCUCGAUUCGGUUCGGACUGUGUAUGCGCCGGCGUGCCUCGCGCACGGCGCACUCGCAAGGCCAGAAUGGCUCGCCAUAAAUGUAUCCGGUAUAUCCCUACCUCGUGCGCUCGCCUGCUGGGAACGCCGCUUGGGGCGAGCAAAAAAGACACAUGUUCGCGGUGGUUGUGCCCCCCGGAGGCUCGUUGAAAUAUGUUCUUGGCCUCAGUGUAACGGGUCCUGUCCGCGACUUCGCGACCCUCGGACCGGGGAAGAAGUGGCGUUGGCAACGCUUUUGCAAAGCUUCGGGAUGGAUGUACACGGAGCGGCGGCAGCUAUGGGAAUAGACGCAGGCGCCUUCUCUAGAAUGAGUCAUGCGGAGUUGUUUCCGCUCCUCGCACCGCACGUGUGAAGAUAUUUGUUUUUAGUGCGGACAAUUUAGUGCUCUUUAGCACGUUUAAUCUACCUCGUUAAUUCUGAGUUCAAGUACAAGAAAUUCAAACUUACCAUAAGCUUUAAUGUAACUAUAUAUAUUUAUUAUUGUAAAAUAAUUAUGUUUAUUUGUUUAAGUAAAGAUUAGUGGUGUGGUUUGUUUCAUAUUUUUAUUUUGAAAUUGUAUUUUGUGAGAGAGAAAAAGAAACCAAUAUCACUUUGGCACCAUGUUUAAUUAUGUACAAUAAAUUUUUUUACUACAGCGUACAAGACUAGUUUUGAACUAUGAGCUAAAAUACAAAUGUUAAUAAUUUAAUAGUAAAUCAACGAACUAUUUGGCUCCGCUUCAAAAUCGUUAAUGUGACACCGGUCACAUGUACUAACAUUAUAAAAUUGCGGAUUCAAAUUACUAUGUCAAUCUUCAUCGUAUGAGUGAAGACGGUUAUUCCAAUCAGAGCAAAGUUGAGUGGUCUGUUUUGCGCGGGAGCUACGGAACUCUGGGAGGUAGCACAGGUACUGUGAUAUGGACUUUAUUGUUUAAAUGCAGACCUCCCGUCUUAUUACGAGCUCGAUGACGUCAUAACUGCUCAGCA